ACCCGACAAAACGCUAUUAUUGUAGUAGUAGUUUUAGAAGACCCAAUCAUACAACAGGUAAUAAGUAAAGAAUUUAAAUAUUUUUCCUCAUCUUUCUAUAAUUUCUAAAUCGUAUUGUGGGAUUUAGGAAAACUUGACGCAGCCAUAGCGCUAGGGGGUUAAACUUGAAUCGGAAUUAAUUUAAGACUGUUAUUGUUGGUGGCGUAGAAUUUUUCUUGAGCAUUGACCUCUCAAUUAGAUUUUUCAUUUUCUUUUUAUACAAAUUUCCGUUGUCUUCCACACGAAGGAGUUCUUAUGAUUCGCCGCAGCAGUUUUGGCUGCGUAGCGUUUUGUUUGUCCUAUCGUGGUUACCAGGACGACCCACACUUAACCCUUAAAACGGCCAGAAUGUGGCAGUUCUCGUCCUAUUGUACAGCUCGUGUACCAUUAGUAGUAAGCCGUACUGCAGGUCGUAACCUUGCGAACGGAGAAAACACGAUUCACAGUAAAAUAAGAAGCAAGACUGCCAUAAUAGCAUUCACACAAUAUCGAUUAGUUUGGUGGCGCGAUUUUGCUCCCAGCCAGACCAGGUCGACUCGGUCGGGGAACUUAGCUAGCUGUUAAUGUUUGCCGGAGCAGUUAGAUCAUCUUCAGUGACCGAAAAAGAACGUUGUAGUCGGCAAUUCGUCGUGGUGGUAUAUCAAAGCGACAAGUGCAAGUGAAGAUACCUUGAACACGAUGCCAAUAUCUGCGCCCAAAAUUCCCGAUGGUCUACCCGAGCUGAUGCGAGGGUUAGCUAAGAGUGUGAUAAAGGAAAAUCCGGAAAAUCUGUACGUCCAUGCGGCAGAAUAUUUUGAAAAUCUGAUCCGUGAACGUGACGGUCAUCUGGACCAGGGCUACCAAACGUUCAACGCGUAUCAGGUUUACGCGGAUUACAAGGAAAAGACCCGUGAAAAGCUAGGCCUGACGAAGGACCCUUCGCUUAGUGACGGCAUUGGUGGCGAUGGUGACGAAAGUGGCAGUGGAGGUAGUGAAUCCAAGAUACGAGGCCGUAAGCGACGUCGCGCGCGUAAACCGUCAUCGAGAGAGAGGGAAAACCCGGUAACAAUGAUGGCCAACCCGUCCGUUAGUGAUGAGGGAGAGCCACAAAAAUUGAAAUCCCUGUCCGAGGACAGCGCACCGGUGCCGGUGGUGGAGCAGGAAAUUGUGAAGGUGCAUUACAAUCCACCGGAGGCGGUCCCGUCUCCAGUUCGCGUAGUAAGUGCACAGUCGGUCGAAGCGGAACAGGCGGUUUCUAGCAUUUUGGACGAUGGGCAGAUUCUCGAUUCGGAUGGGACUGGUGGAAAAGAAACGGGUGACGAGUUGGCUGAUAACGGGGACGAUAUAGGAACGGCUCCUAGUACUGCGGAAAUUACUGAACGUACGGUGGCUGUUGACGCAGCAGAACCGAUUACUGCGAUGGCCUUGCAAGAUAUGGAAACGUGUUUCAUGCAUGCAAAUGUUGAUGAUUUGUUGGAAAAACACUCGGAAGAUCAAACCGAACCCGAAGGCAAUGAUAAUGCGGACACGGUCGUCGAUGAACCGACGGUUACCAGUGCAAUGGAAGGAGAAGAUAUUCCCGAGGGACCACAGAUCACUGAGGAAACUAAUGCAGAUGUGGCUAAGGUAGAUGAAAUGCCAGAAAUAAAGAAUUUGGUGGAGGACAAUGAAGAAGCACAACUAGAGAAAGCAUCUGUGGAGCAGUCGCAAAUUGAAGCUGAUGAAACACCCAUGAAAUCUGUGGAAAAUGUCGUUGAAGCUGUUGUUGAUGAGAAGCAACCGGAAGGUGACGGGGAUGCUGAAUCCUUAAAGGAUGCAGCAGAAGUCGCUAGUUCUAAUAAUGAACUUGCAGCAGAUGAAGCUUUAGAAGCAAUGGUUGCAGAUCAACCGAAACUUGAAGUAGAUAAUCUAAAUGAUAAAAAAGAUGUGUCUGUUGAUGUCGCUUCCGACACUCAAGUGGAUGAUGGAAAAGACGAGGAACCGAUUGUUACAUCUGAAAUUACAAAUGUUGACGAGUCCGUUUCUUCCUCUCCUAAGAAAAGUGUUGAACAAGAGCAAAUAUCAAGUGAAGUAGAAACUGUGUUGGAAGAGACAAAUGAAGAGUCUGCUACUGAACCAAUACUAGAUGAACCAAUUAUUUCGUCCAGAAUGGGAUUUGAAGAGGAUGUAUCUGCUGGUGGAAAUGACGAAAAUGAGAAUGCAUUGCUUGCUCCAAUUGCAAGUGGUACUGAAAAUGCGCAACCAAAUGCUGUUUCAGUGGCGCAAGAGUCUAUAAAGGCUGAUGAAACAACAGAUCAACCGAAUGAGAUACAAUUAAAUGAUGAGUGUGUAAAAGAGGAAGAUAGUGAAACUAUGAUCAAAAUUGAUAAUAUCGUUUCCGAUUCACAUAAUGCAGAUCAAUUGAAUGAUAGUGAUAAAUCAGCUAAGGAUGCUCAAGAUAUACCACCGGAAGUUGCACCAUCUGAAUCCUCCAUCGCGGCAGAAGAAACAACGUUAGUAGAAACGCAAGAAAAGACAACAGCUGCACAAGACGAUAGUUCUAAUGACGAAGAGAAAAAAGAUGACGAAGAUAAAAAAGAAGAUCAAGUAGUUACUCAGAAUGUAUCAGAAAAUGUUGAUGAAACAACUGCGAUGGAUAUUACAUCAGAACCGGCCAGUAACGAUGUUAAAGUGGAAACAAUCAAAGAAAAUAUUGAUUUAGUUGAACCUAACGAAGAUGCUUCUGUAGGCAUAUCGGAAGAAAACGUAGCUACGGAUACGAAAAGUAGUGAAUUUUCAUCCGCUCCAUUAGUUGAUCCUGAAGUAGAUCGAGAUGCAGACCAACAAAAAGAAAUCUUAGAAUCAAGCACUGACAAAAAUGAUGAUUUGAAAUUCCAACAAGAGGAUAAAAAUGAAACCACUGAUGCAGGAAGCAAAGAUUCAGAGGUAAAUGAAAGUAAUAAUGGAACCGAUCAAAAUGAUUUGCUAAUAAAGGAUCCAUCUCUUGAAGAUGUAGCUCACGUUGAGGGGACAGUAGUAAGCGGCUCAGCAAUUGAUGCCGUAGCUACGAGCGCUGAUUUAAUAGCUGAUGAAAAUGUCCCUAUUAUUCCAGCGGAAUCGGGUGCUGAUGGUUUGAAUUCAAGCGCUGACCAGCCACAGGAAGAUAAUAUUCAGCUUCAGGAAGGUACUGUUACAAAUCAAGUCGAUGACGUAGUUCAAGAGAAUGAAAUUCAGCAAAACAAAGUUGACGAAGUGAAAACUGAAGAUGAUUCCAAAUGUGAUGAGAAUCCGAAAGCAACGGAAGCAACGGUCGAAAAUACGCUAGAAAGUGUAGUAAUUGAUGAAAUGCAGAAGCUACUGCAGGUUGGUGAAAACGAUACAGAAACUCCUGAUAGUACACCCGAUGGUGAUAACAAUUCUAGUAAUUCCAACAAAGAUGUAGCAGAUACAGACGGCGAUGCAAAUGAAUCUAAAGCGCUGGACGGAAAGGACGCCACUGUACCAAGUGCCCCAGUAGAAGAAAGUUUGGAGGAUACUGCAGAUAAGCCGUCUGAAACUAGUCCUGAUGCAAGUUCAGAAAAGCCUCUGUUUGAAAAUGACGAAUCGACUGACCUGGGCCAAGCGAUUAUAAAACAACCGUCAAGUGAUGCUGCUGUUGAACAAAAGGAUGACCCAUUAGCUCCGCCAUUAGAUGCUUCGAGAUUGGCUGAUGAGGAACCGAAACAAGAUGAAAGACAGGAAGAAGUGGUCGAAGAGCCAUGUGUGAAGCGUGAAAUAUCGCCCUCGAAAUCGGUUCGUCUUGAAAAGGAAGAAAGCACUGAAAAGCAAGUAGAAGAGUUGGAAGAAAUUAAAAAAGUCGACCUGAGUCAGCUGAGCAAGGAUUCGGCAGAAGCUUUAUUUUAUACAUUGAAGAAAAGUGAACUUGAAAAUCAGGAACCUGAUGGCGAUACUGUAGGUGACGAGGUGAAGCCUGAAGUCGUAACAGACACCCAGCAACAAACGACCGAGGACGAUGAUCAGGACGUUGUGGUUAAAGAAGAACCACAACCGACUACAGGAGAAGAGAGCACGAAACGAACGUUUACUGAUGAUUUUUUAGAUGAAAACCCCAUCACUGAAGCUGAGACCAUGGCAUCGUUGACAAGUGAUGGGGUUGGUCAGGAUCGAUCCUCGGUAGAUGCGGACGAACAGAAGGACGAGUUCAAUCCUAUGGUUAUGGUAUCGAUGCGUUCAAAACAAUACCAGGAGCAACUACACAGCGCCGGAGCAGUGGAGAAGAUUGAUCAGGAGCUUCUGAACCAGGAGACACCCAAGCGCCCGAUGAUGCGAAGAUGCAUGACCGAAAUGUCGGAACUACAGCGAUAUGAUGCAGCGAUGGAAGACGAUCCAGCUGACAUGAUCCGUCAGGAGGAUCCUAGCUAUGUCGAGGAUGAAGAUCAAUUCGAUGGGUAUUACAUAGGACAUAUAAAAAACAAAAUUCUUGCAUCCUCCGUAUCAGUAGCCGAUUCGGACUGUCCCGAUGGCACACGCUCUUCAGUUGAGUCUGUCGACGAGAAUAAUGUGCGAACGGCACUGGAAACGAUCGCUUCUACAGAUACGGAAUCAACAAUUGCAUCGCAAGCUACCAUCCAGCAGGCCGGACGACGAAGCUACCUGAGAAAGCACUCCCAGAACACUUCCUCCAAUAUACCGUACGCGUCGUUUGGAAAUGCGGCCAUCGAUAAAUCGUUGGACGAGUUUAUAGAGCGUGAAGAGCGGCACAAACAGGACGAAGCGAUGGCUGAGGCGGCCACCAAGAUUCAGCGAUCUUACCGAACGCAUAAGAAAAAGCUGCUGCGUGAUUAUCACAGCACGAUGCGAACCUUCACCGAGGACCACUCGGCAGAAAGUGGCGAGGAGUAUGCCGCUAACGUGAUCCAGAUCAAGCUGGAUCAGCGACGUGCUGAAGCAGACCCAACGGUGGGUGACGCUGGAGAGGAGAGCGAUACAACGACGGCCGGGAAGGUUGGAUUGGGGGCAACCGGAAAACGACCGAUGUACAGCUUAAACAUUGACGAGUACGACACGGUCGCACGGCGUAUGACACUAACCCGUGGAGUGGCAAUGCAACGAAACUCAACCCCGGAUGAUGACUCCGGAAAAUCAGCUAACGUAUCUACCGAUCAGAAGGCGUCGCUAAACAGUCCGACUGUAAAGGAUUCAACCCCGGCAAGUGGAUCUGGCGAAAGCCCUUCAUCGGACGAAAAGCCCCCGGGACCCGAUACAAUCGAUAGAAGCUCGAGUGACGAACCGGAACAGAAGGACGCUCACAGCUCAUCACGAUCAAAACCGAAAAGUGGUCCACCAGUGGCUGUAACCGGGCGUGAUCAGUGCACCGAACAAGUGCCCCGAACUGCCAUCAGUCGGACAACAUUCGCACCGCUGGACGUGCAGAAUUUGCUACUGAUUGCGCGGCAACGCACGAUGCCGGUGCAGAUCGAUUCAUCCGUUAUCCGGGUACUUCCGAAGCAUAUGCGCAAACGGAUCAGUAGCGCGGGCAUGCUGAACACCAACGGCAAGCGAAAAUAGGGUGGAGAUUUUUGGCAAAACAAAAAACUGGAAACUGGAAACUUAGUUUCCGAACAUUGUAGCGUCA